CUGAGGAAAGUGAAAGGCGGUGGGGAAGUGCAUCUGGUGGUACCGCAUCCUCCCGUCUCCCAGUCUCCAACCGGUGAUAAUCCAGCUAAUAUCAGCUGGAUAAGAUAAAGGAGCAGCACUCAGGCUGUAGUCCUCCAGAAGGCCGGUUCGGCGCGGUUAAAUAUUAUUCCUUCCUUCGAAAAUCCUGAACAAACGCAGGCUUUAAGCGGAAGAAACGCUAAUAAUUAACAUGAACGCGACUGAGCAUUCCCCGCUGGCUGAGUACGAUUUCGAGCGGCGAUUCGACGAAAGAAGAGCCCUGGAAUGGAUGCAGGAAAACUGGAGCAAGGCCUUCAUGUUCUGUGGCCUGUAUGCCGCGCUCGUAUUCGGCGGUCAGCACUUCAUGAGGGAGAGGCCGAAGCUGAACCUGCGACGGCCGUUAGUGCUGUGGUCUCUCAGCCUGGCCAUCUUCAGUAUCAUAGGAGCGGUGAGGACUGGACUGUACAUGCUGCACGUCCUCACAACCAACGGCUUCAGACAGUCCGUGUGUGACAUCAGCUUCUACAGCGCCCCCGUCAGCAAAUUCUGGGCCUACGCCUUUGUUCUAAGCAAGGCACCAGAGCUGGGUGACACGGUGUUCAUCAUCCUGCGGAAGCAGCGCCUCAUCUUCCUGCACUGGUACCACCACAUCACCGUGCUGCUCUACUCCUGGUACUCCUACAAGGACCAGGUGGCAGGCGGCGGCUGGUUCAUGACCAUGAAUUUCGUGGUCCAUUCCUUCAUGUACACGUACUACGCUGCACGGGCCGCCGGCUGGAGGGUGCCCCGCCCCUGCGCCAUGAUCAUCACCACCACCCAGAUCCUGCAGAUGGUGAUGGGCCUGACCGUGCUGGGCCUGGUGUACAACUGGCAGCAUGAGGUGCGCUGUCCGUCCAACAUGGACAACAUCACGUGGGGCUUCCUCAUGUACCUCAGCUACUUGGUCCUCUUUGCCUUGUUCUUCUACGACACCUACCUCAGAGGCUCCUCCGGGCACAAGGGAUCCAAGGCGGAGUAGCAUGCCUGUGCCGUGCUAUUGGAGCGUGCCAUACGUAGAAAUGACCAGCAGCGAGGGGCCAUGAAUGUGUGAGUCACAACUAGUUAACUGGUUGCUCGGUCCUCCUCUUUUUAUGACGUUUUCACUUGACUUUUUAUAGGCACUGCUUGUAACGUCCAUGGAUUGAGAGCGGCAGGAAAGAGGAGACCAGUUCAGACUGAGCACAGCUUUUACUGUACAGUACAUUAUGGAAAUUAAUCUAAGGGAGUGAAGGAAUAACAUGUUUGUCUUUGACUAACAUAGUUCUACUUACCCUUAUCAAAAAAGAACAGCCGUAUGAGGGCCAAAUAUUUGUAUGUUGUAAUGAAAAGUGAUCAUACUUAUAUAUAUAUACAUAUGUAUAUGUAAAAAUUAGGAAAGAAAUACGAUAAAAGGUACUUUUAAAUUGUUGAAGGAAUAGGUCAACAUUUUGGGAAAUAAAGGUAUAUGUUUUCUUUCUGAGUGAGAUAGCAUAGCUGUUUCUCCCUGCCUAGCGUCCUUAUGCUAAGCUAAGCUAACUGCCUAAGACAGAAAGCAAAUAAGUGUUAUUACCCAAAAUGUUCAAGUUGUACUUUAAAAUUGUGUCUGUUUUUAGCCCUAGCAAAACUGUGACCUACAAGAUAGUGAGUUUAGGAUUACUAAAAGGGAACAAAGACUUCACAAUGCACGGAAAGACAGAAGGGUGUUUUUCUCAUAUUUAUUUUGAGCACUCACCACGCACACAUUACACACAGCAUUUUAACCCGUGUGCCUCUCUAGGGACAGUUUUCUUAUUUGUUUCUUUUCUAAUGCUUAUGGCAUAAAUGUAAGGUGUUUUAUACAACUUAUAAGAAGUAUCACAGGUAAAUAAUAGAGGCCCUUAAGGUAAGUAUAUCCACAUUGAAACCUAUUAAAACCCCAAUGUUUAAACCCAUGACCAUUAAAGCAAAGUUAUUCUUUUUAAUAAUUGGCCUAUCCCAGAUCAAACAAGAAGACCCUUUAUUCAUCCAAAAGGAGAAAUUCAUAUAUAGUACACAUACAGUAUACAGGGUUUUUUCUCUAAAAAUACAUCAUGAGGGCGCUGACGACACUUCCGGUCAAAAAUCACGGCCCCGCCCACUUACCAGUGAAAAUAAUGCAUCAGAUCGAAACAGAAAACAAUAGUUUCUCCAUGUGUUAAAGCUGCUGAGUCAUAUAUUGCACCUCAAACAACAAAUAAAUCCCGAGUUAUGGUUUCUGUACUUCCUCUACAGAAAAAAAGAGUCAAUUUAGUAACUGUUUUUAAUGAACAGAAAUAUUGUUUAGCAUUGGCAUCACCUUUACAUUUUCCUGGGAAAGUAGGCAACACCUGCAUUUUUCUGUUAUGGAGAGUUUGUCGAGAAAACAGCAGUGCCUUCAUCAAGAGCACCUUGACAAUACCUGUGAACUAGCACCUCUCCAGCUACCAGUCCACUCUGUAUUUUCUGGUCAGAUUGAAACUUGAACUGGCGACCCUUCGGUUACCAAGCAACGUCCCUACAGACUGAUCUACUGCCACCCAUACGCAGAAAAACAAAAACAUAACAGGGACAAUAUGAAAACAAACAUGUGGCACUUAAAGGGUUAAAAUUCUGAAAUGACACUGAUGUUGGUUGAAUUUAAUUCAAUUGAAAUUGAAAAAAUAUGUAUAAUUAAUGUAUGGCCAUCUUUUUUAUAGGGGUGCAUAAGGGUAACAUGUGUAGGUCAGAGAAACAUUGCAAUGAGUUCAACAUGUCACCUCUCCCACAGUACACUAAGUAUCUCCUUUUUUUAAUGAGCCUGUGUGGUGACAUGCUUACACACCACAAUCAAUUCUACAGCUGAUACUUGAUACGUGCUCACAAAGCGCUUUGUCUGAUGAUAAGAUCCAAACACAUUCCUCCGCUGACAUCCGUUCCAGAGCAAACAACUUCCAGGAAGUGGGUUAUGUAAUGUGUUCUUUAAAGCUCACAUCCUCUCUGCUCUUCUCUUAUUAUCCUGUGUACACUCAGCACAUCUUGCCUUCUUCACCUCACUUGAGAUCUUACACAAAGCCCAUUCUGCUCCCCCCUUCAUGCGUUUAGUGGUAUCAGAUGAAUAAAACUCAUGCCAGAGGACACACUUGCUGUAUGUAUUGCACUGUUGAUGUCAGAUCUGUGUCAGCGUGGAUCUUUUAAAUCUCAGUUGUUGAGAAACUGGGAGCAUGUGCACACUCGACUGACUUCCACUCCCACUGUCGACCAUAAAUAGAUCUACAACCAAUCACUUAUUUGCAUCUGCUGUAGUAUUUCUGUUUGCUUGACAAGACAAAAAAAAAGGCAUAGAGGUUCUCUUAACUUCCUUAUUCAGACUAAUUAUCUCAUGUAGAUGCAAACCAUGCCCUGCACUAAUGUCUUAGUGUUUGUCAAACAUAUGAAAUUCAGCCAGAGAUACUUAGAGGAAAUUAAAAUAGAAAUGAAGGUAAUAGAUAGGGAUUAAAUAUAAACACAAUGGACAAUAAAAAUUGAAAAAGGAAGUAGUUGAACACCCGAAAUUACAUGUAAAAUAACUUGUUUUUUUACUUCUAAAUGAUUUGUUUCUGGUCCCAGUCUAUGAUGCUCAUUGCGGUGGAAGUUAAACAUGUUUUUUAAAGAAAAACAUGUUUAAUCUCAUGUUGCUGUGGUUUCCACACCCCCAAACUACAACUUUUUUUAGAGGCUUUAAAGAGGUUAAAAUAUCCAGAGUUUUACCAGGAGAAAAAAAAACAAGCAUCCUCUUUCAAACACCUUAUUAACUAGGACCUGUAAGGUUCAGACGGCCAGUUGGAAACCACUGAUAUCAAGAUGUAUGAUUCCUUCUUAAUUACAAGUUCAUAUGUGGGAAAUUGAAGUAUCUGGCCCCUGGGAUUUCUCCUACUUGAACACAGUGUUUGUCCUCUUCCUAAUUCUCCUUGUGUUUACAAUCCAGAUUAUUAGAAUCCACCCAACCCAACCUACUACAGAUCCCCAAUGGCGUGCAGGACGUGAUUAGAUCACUACUGAACUGUUAUUAGAUUGAAAUGGUAAAACAAAGUGAAGCUUCUGCAUUAGCACGCUGCACUCGAGGAGCUGCUCAGAAGGGCCAUACAAAAUGACCAUUGUAAAUAACAAUGUCUUUAUUUAUUCUCGAUAUAUAUAUAUCCUUCUCCAUCAGAUCUGAAGUGUGUAUUUGUAUCAGGAUGUGCAGUUUGGUCCUCUUCCAUCCAAAUGUCUUGGUUGUGUUUUCCUUGUUCCUUACAUCUGCUGACAAACAUCAUGAAGCCCAUUCCGCCUCUGCAAUGUGAAUGAGAAGGAGGAUUGUAAAGUAGACUCUAGAGGCCAGUAAUACUUCACGUUGGAAGGUUAAUUUGUGUAAUGCCAGGCUGUUCUUUUGUUUCUUCGUCCUGUGUUUAAUGCCCUUUUAGGUAAAGCCAGUGUGUGUGUAGUAGCAGUUUACAAAUGUACAUGGAGGGGGGGGGGGAUUUGGCUGGAACAUUAUGAAGUAAAGAAGAUUGUUCUGCCAUCACGUUUAACUAUUAUUGCUGUAUUUCUGUUGCGGAGGAGCUGACAUUUACAUAAUGCUAGAGUGGAAUUUAAAAAGAGACAUUAGUUAGAGAAGACGAUGUUUUUAGUUUUCCAGCUUUUACUUCAAGUGUCCCAACACGCCCAUUUGUGACGCCAGCACUUUGUACGUAAAUGCGUUAUUUCUUCAUGUAGUGUGAAGAAAAAUCCAAUGUUUGAAAGGUGAAAAUAAGGGUUGCACGAUAAACUGUGUUAGCAUUGACAUUGUGAUGUUCGCAUCAUCCUGCUACAUCUUUUUACUGCAUGAUACACAUGGAAAAGCUGCACAGUUGUUGUUAUCCAUGACCUAUUGACUAGAAAAGUCUGCAUUUAUUACUAUUAAAGGCUUCAAGGAUAAGCAGUUUCUUGCUAACCACCAAUCACAUGAAUUCUUCUUCAACUUAUAAAAAGAAAAGCAUUCCCUGCUUGUCAGUGUGGAAAUACUUUGGUUACAGAAAGGAUGACGUUGAACGGAAAACAGCUCUUCUGGUGAAAAUCCCUGUAUUUUUUCCUAAUGCAAUAUAUACCACAGAAGACUAAACAUUGCUUUGCCAGAUUUCCAAUAUCAUGCAACCCGUGUUUCAAUCUUUGCAGACUUAAAGUGAAAGAAUGUCAUUAUUCAGGACAGAUGGUGUAACCCUUGUAUUCACAAAAACAUUUCUUAAGAAGAAACCUGCAAAUACAUAAAGAAAAAUAUUACUUUUCAACAAAUGUUGAUGCAUUUAGGACAGAAUCCCAAUGGAUGGAGUGCUUAGGCCACAAAUGGAGCUCUGAAUUACCUUUACCACCAACAUCCCGGAGGUUAAGGUAACCGGUAUAGCGGCUAGUGUUACAGUACUAAACAUGUGGUUUACUAUGAAACAUCAUUCAUUUAAUGUUGAGAAGGCCCCAGGUGAAGACUGGCGGAGGUGUUCUGUAACGUCAGUAAUGAUUCCUGCUCAGAAGCUGUUGUAACUCUUUAACACUUUUUAAACCUGAAAUGGUUAUGGGUCAUUUGUGUGCCAAACGAUGCUUCUGUUAUUUUUUUCUAUCAUGGAUCAGAGUGAACCUUUUGCUCUGUUCAUUGCAGUGCAGUGGAGUACAGUACAGAGUACAGUGGAGUACAGUAUACAGUACAGCAUAAAGUACUGUACAGUAUGUGCACUUUUACCCCAAUUGAUUCUAGUGACUAACUGCAAACGAAGGAGAUAAAAAAACAGUUAAAGGGCUUUUGGUGUUGAAAUGUUGCUACAUUAAAUAAAUGACAAUAAUGGUUUUAAAAUAUCUCUGUUCGUUGUUUCAGAUGGGAAGGAAACACUUACACCUUUAUUUUCUUCUGUCAUAGAUGUUGACAGAAAAUCCAUGAAAGGUUUUGUUAUUUUUAACAGUUUUGUAAAUAAAAUCACAACAAAACCUAUACUGUUUUAAAACAAUCAAUUCAGAUUAAAAUGUUGAUGAAAACUA